AUGGCAGCUUCGUCGAUUCCGAUUUCAUUUACUGAAUCUAAGGCCGCCUUCGUGAAGAGGGCAUUGGAAGUCGGGCUUGCGCAAACUGAGGUGGACCAUUUGGUGGCCGCUCAUGUGGACACUUUGUCCAAGUUGGCUUUCAGCCUUGUCCCACCAGGGAAGGUUCCGGAGGACUCGGCGGUCACGGGCCUCUUACCACGCGCUUCUAAUCAAGGAGCUGUGGCAGGCCUGAAGCGUCUUAUCUUCGAAGCUCACACUCUCAUAGUUUCAGAGCUAAAGCAGCGUGUGGAAAAGCCCGACGACAGUGCGCCCAUCUCUCUCAAUGGGGCAGAGAGAGAAACGCGCCUGGAGGCCCAAAAGCUUAGGUUGGGAGGCCUCAGCUUCCAAGGCGAGGAAGAAGUUGCCCAUGAUGCAUAUAAUCUCGUUUACACGAUGAUUCAGAAGGACGAUCUGGUGUGGUUGUCACCCGAAAAAUUUGGGACCAGACGAUCCGAGAUCAGCGCAAAGAAGCAGGGUAGAGAGUUGAUCAUAGACGGCUCCGGCAUCGCCGUCAAGGAAAAGCAGACUACCACAGUGUGCUCCCUGGCCACUGAACUUGAUAUUGUGAUGGCGCUGCGCAGGUUACAAGAACCCCCGCCGCCGGGGUACUCUAAAGUAUCCCUGCAACAGCUCAUCAGAGCAGACCGCGCAGUGUUCCUCAGAGCAUCAGAGUUGACCACGACACUUAAGCGCAGUGCAGGGGGUCAGUUGCCAUUGGACAGCAUUCGUAGCACCAUCCUGUUAGAUCCGUCAGUGGCUUACCACCUCUUGCCGCUACCCCUGUCAAGCAGCUCCAGCGCAGAGUCCGCAAAAGAAGGGAAACGGCCAGGUUCCGAUGCAGGCGCUACGUUGCGGGGGCCCAAGAUCCAGAAAUUCGCCAAGAAGCCAGGAGGUCCGGGAGCUGUCAAGAAGACCAAUUUCUCGGUGCCCAAGGAGCUGGUUGGCAAGCUGCAUCAGACCCCCAAAGGUCAUAGGCUUUGCUGGAGCUUUAAUCUGCCAUGUGGAUGCGCCGAUGCCAAGCCGGGUGGAAAAUGUGCCCGCGGCUUGCAUCUGUGUGCAGAGCCGGGCUGUCUGAAGCCCCACUCCUUGCAACAGCAUUCCUGA